UCCCACGUGACCCUCCUCGUUAGUUCCCAGCGGUCGCAUCGCACAGAGCCGGAGACUAUGGAUCAGAGGCUCGGGUUGUUGGUUCUUCUGGCGGCGGGGCUCCUCUGCCUCGGCUUGUCCCCCGUCUGUCAGGCCGACGACCUGGUGGACGACCAGGGAGACGACAUGGACGUGGAGGACGAGAUGCACCUGGACCUGGCCGGAGCUGAGGAGGAGGAGGAGGAGCUGGAGGAGGAAGGAGACGCUCCCAAAACUCCUCCCACGCCCAAGGUGACCUACAAGGCUCCAGAGCCGAUGGGGGAACAUUUCUUUGCCGAGUCUUUUGACCGGGGGACGUUGGACGGGUGGGUCGUGUCCAGCGCCAAGAAGGAAGACGCUGAUGAAGACAUUGCUAAGUAUGACGGUAAAUGGGCGGUGGAGGAGAUGAAGGACAGUAAACUGCCCGGGGACAAAGGUCUGGUCCUGAAGUCUCGAGCCAAACAUCACGCCAUCUCCGCCCAGCUGCUGCGACCUUUCACCUUCGAGUCCGGCCCCCUCAUCGUCCAGUACGAGGUGAACUUCCAGUCUGGCAUCGACUGCGGCGGCGCUUACGUCAAACUCCUGUCUCAGAGUCCUGAUCUGGACCUGGACCAGUUUGUGGAUAAAACUCCGUACACCAUCAUGUUCGGACCCGAUAAAUGUGGAGAAGAUUAUAAGCUCCACUUCAUCUUCAGACACAAAAACCCCAUCACAGGAGAAUACGAAGAGAAACACGCCAAGAAGCCGGAGGGAGACCUGAGGACGUACUACACGGACAAGAAGACUCACCUGUACACGCUGGUGCUAAACCCUGACAACAGCUUCGAGGUUCUGGUGGACCAGACUGUGGUGAACAGCGGGAACCUGCUGACGGACAUGACCCCCCCAGUCAACCCCCCCGCUGAGAUCGAGGACCCGGACGACCAGAAGCCGGAGGACUGGGACGAGAGGCCCAAGAUCCAGGACCCCAACGCCGUCAAGCCCGAGGACUGGGACGAAGACGCUCCGGCUCAGAUCCCUGAUGAAGCUGCGGUGAAACCGGACGGAUGGUUGGACGAUGAGCCCGAGUACAUCGGAGACCCCAGCUCCGUCAAACCUGAGGACUGGGACGAGGACAUGGACGGGGAGUGGGAGGCGCCCCAGGUCCCGAACCCGGCCUGUGAGGCCGCCCCCGGCUGUGGCCCCUGGAAACGGCCCGUGAUCGACAACCCCAGCUACAAGGGCAAGUGGAAGCCCCCGAUGAUCGACAACCCCAACUACCAGGGCGUGUGGAAGCCGAGGAAGAUCCCCAACCCGGCGUUCUUCGAGGACUUGCAGCCGUUCAGGAUGACGCCGUUCAACGCCGUCGGGCUGGAGCUCUGGUCCAUGACGUCCGACAUCUUCUUCGACAACUUCUUCAUCACCAACGACAGGAACACGGCCGAGCGCUGGGCCACCGACGGCUGGGGCCUGAAGAAGGCAGCAGAGGGCGCCGCCGAGCCUGGUCUUGCGACUCAGAUGCUGAACGCCGCUGAGGAGCGUCCGUGGCUCUGGGUCGUCUACGUCCUCACGGUGGCUCUACCUCUGGUCCUCAUCAUCGUCUUCUGCUGCACCGGGAAGAAGAAGAGUUCAGCUUCACCAGCUCAGUACAAGAAGACGGACGAACCUCAGCCGGACGUGAAGGAGGAGGAGGAGGAGGAGGAGGAAGCUGAGGAGGCCGAGAAGAGUCCAGCUGCGGAGGAGAAGAGCGAUGGAGAAGAUAAUCCUGCAGACAAGGAGGAGGAAGAAGAAGAAGAAGAAGAGAAGGACGUCACAGCUGACGAGAAAUUGGAAGAUGACGUCCUGAGGAGAUCCCCCAGAAGCAGGAAGGUCAGAAAAGACUGAAACAACCCUGACCUCAUCAUCUAACCCCCCCCCCCCCCCCCCCCCCCCCAAUGACCCAACCUACCCCCCCCACCUCCUCACCCCAGUAACUCCCGCACCUCACCCCCUGUUCUACUACUAUUCCUCCUCCACUGCGAGGUGAUGAAGCCUGAAUGGAACCGGUGGGGAAGCUAAUCAAGAUUUCCAACAUGGCCGCCAUUUUGAACAGGACGGAGUUAACAUGAUUUAUUUUUAUUUUUUAUUUUAUUUUGUUUGUGUGUGUGUUAUUUCUAAGAGAUUUACUGAGAUGAACUAAAACUUCCUACAUCAUUCCGUAACAACUUCCCUAAUUAGCCUUUUAGCAUCUAGCUAUUAAAGUCCUCAGAUAAUUUGGCAUAGUCUGCCUCCAGCUAAUCAAAGUAAAGAUGCUAAGCUGCUAAUUAGCCUCAGAACAGAUGAGGAAUUUGGCUUAUCUGAGUUAGGCCACAUGCGGUUAGCUUGGCCUAGCAGCUGCCUACUAAUUAGCCUUUUAGCAUCUAGUUAUUAAAGGUCACAGAUAAUUUGGUGUUGUUAUUAGCCUUUUAGCAUGUAUUUAGCUGUUAGCCUAGCAGCGAGAUUAUUCGUCUGUAUGCAGUGAACGUUGCUCUAGCUAAUCAAGCUUAUGAUGCUGAAUCAGAAAAAAAGCUGCUAAUUAGCCACUGAACCUUCCAGGAAAUUUGGCUAAUCUGAAUUAGACCACCUUCAGUUAGCUUGACCUAGCAACUGCCUGCUAAUUAGCCAAAUUAGCAUUAGCGGUUAGCAUUUUAAAUUGUCUAUAAACUGUUAAGUAAACUGCUAACAGUCAGAAAGCUAACUUCAGUCAGUACCUAGCGAACGAUCUCAAGUAACAAGCAACUGAAUGCUGAACAGCCUGGAUGACGCUAAUUAGGCAAAUGCUAGCCAGAAUUAUCCAACAACGGUCAAUGACUCUAAUUAGCAUCAAUGUAUCACCUAUUUAGUCAAGCUAUCCACUAGCUUGUUAGCAAACUCACAAGCUGACAGUUGAUUAGCUCUCUGGGAUUCUAUUAACUGGCUCAUUAGCACCUUGGCUAGCAUGUCUGGCUUGCUAAAUAGCCUUCAAAGAACUUGACAGCUGUCUUGGCUAACUGUAUGUUAGCCUACCCACAGUUAGCAUUAGCCUGAGACCGCUAAGGGAAUAUUCUCAUGUAAAAUGCUGAGUCCUUCCUCUCUCUUCCAGCUGUUCACGGUUCUGAUCCUAUAGCAGAUAAUUACACUCCGACAAUUUCUUCCCUCUUCCAUCUUUGGAGUUUUUUUUAUUUUCUUGUUCUAUAAAUGUGUUUAGUUCUAAAGCAGUUAGCUACUGGUAAGAAAACACUUCAGAGGUCAGAGGUGUGACUGUAAAUGUAGUUUUUGGUCGAGAAGCAGCAGCAGACGAUGACGACGAGAUUAAAACCGUUUUAAUUUCACUGUGACUCCGUUCAGAGAAUCCAGCCCAAAUACAGAUGUUAACUUCACAAUUAUUAUUUUUUAAAAAGCAAAUGACGGAUCCUUCCCUCCUUCCUCCCCUAAAAUAAAUUAGAACUUAACAUGAGAGAGUCUUUCCAUCUGGUUCCUAAGUCUGGAUCAUGUCUCCAUGUGUCCCUGGUUCUGGUCCAGUGGUAGGUAAAGAUCCAUCAGAGGCAGCAGCUGAUGGCCACAUGGUGGCGCUGCUCAUGGCUCUGAACCAACACUGUUGAUUUGUUAAUGAAGCUGCCAUGUUUGGCUUUGGACCGACAUGUUGUCAGCAGGUGGACAGGAACCCAGUCCCUGUUUAAUUGACCCCUCACCAAAAGAAAAAGGCACUAAGGGAUGAAAACACGGCGCUUAACCUCUCACCUGUCCACCUGUGGCUCCUCCCCCCGCAUCCAGCCCCAUGUUUUAAAGACGCGGCACUUCUUCCUCUCUUUACCAGACGCUCUCUGACUAGCUCUCAGUCUCAGCUUGUGGUCUUCACCAGGACACGGAGGACGACUAAUUUAUCUGAUCAGGGAGACCAGGAGAUGUGGCUGAAAGCUAAACACCCGGUUUCUCUUCCCCAAACACGACCUGAAUGAUCAAAGCUCGUUUCGUUGUCUGCUGCUGAUGUUUGUCCGUCCAAAUGAUGUGUUUUUUUAUUUUUUUUUUAUUUUAGAUUCAAAUUAACUCAUUGGGAUUGAACCUGAUCCCUCGUUUAACAAGUGGCCAAGAAAAGUAAUGACCAAGUGGAAAACCGCUCAGAUCUGACUAACUGGUGCAUUAAUCAAUUAAAGUAUUGAUUUCAUGUUGAUUCACUCGUUCUAAACGUGGGUUGUCUACGUUUUAUUGAUGUUCCUGGCAACUGUAGACUGAACACUGUUGUCCGCUGGUGAAACUCUACGACUCUGUAACUCUGUUUUCCUUUUUUCGUUUUUGUGUUUGAUUGAACGGUCGAGUUUGAGCGACCGAUGCCGCAGGAACCUGCGGAUUUGAAUAGAAAUACUGUGAUGAUGGAGAGGACGAGUGCGUGAGGUCAAAGUUUGUUUUGAUGAAUAAAAAAAAAAGGAAAAAUGGCCAAAUGGAAACUGAA